AUGAGGCUGACCAUGUCCCCUCAGAUCAGACUGACGGAGGUCCUGAGAAACAUGGUCAAUGUGCCUCAUGUGGUCCUGAGGGACAUGCUGACCGGGCACCUUCCACCUCAGCUGACCGGGCACCUUCCACCUCAGCUGACCGGGCACCUUCCACCUCAGCUGACCGGGCACCUUCCACCUCAGCUGGCUGGUCACCUUCCACCUCAGCUGGCUGGUCACCAUUCACCUCAGCUGACCGGGCACCAUUCACCUCAGCUGACCGGGCACCAUUCACCUCAGCUGACCGGGCACCUUCCACCUCAGCUGACCGGGCACCUUCCACCUCAGCUGACCGGGCACCAUUCACCUCAGCUGACCGGGCACCAUUCACCUCAGCUGACCGGGCACCUUCCACCUCAGCUGACCGGGCACCUUCCACCUCAGCUGACCGGGCACCUUCCACCUCAGCUGACCGGGCACCUUCCACCUCAGCUGACCGGGCACCUUCCACCUCGGCUGACAAGGCACCUUUCACCUCGGCUGACAAGGCACCUUUCACCUCAGCUGACUGGUCACCUUCCACUUCAGCUGACUGGUCACCUUCCACUUCAGCUGACUGGUCACCUUCCACUUCAGCUGACUGGUCACCUUCCACUUCAGCUGACUGGUCACCUUCCACCUCAGCUGACCAGUCAACCACCUCAGCUGACCAGUCAACCACCUCAGCUGACCAGUCAACCACCUCAGCUGACCAGUCAACCACCUCAGCUGACCAGUCAAGCACCUCAGCUGACCAGUCAAGCACCUCAGCUGACCAGUCAAGCACCUCAGCUGACCGGGUACCUUCCACCUCAGCUGACCAGGCACUUUCCACCUCAGCUGACGGGCGGGCACCUUCCACCUCAGCUGGGCGGGCACCUUCCACCUCAGCUGACCAGGCACCUUCCACCUCAGCUGACCGGUCACCUUCCACCUCAGCUGACCGGUCACCUUCCACCUCAGCUGACUGGUCACCUUCCACUUCAGCUGACUGGUCACCUUCCACCUCAGCUGACCGGGCACCUUCCACCUCAGCUGACCAGGCACCUUCCACCUCAGCUGACCAGGCACCUUCCACCUCAGCUGACCGGGCACCUUCCACCUCAGCUGACCGGGCACCUUCCACCUCAGCUGACCAGGCACCUUCCACCUCAGCUGACCAGGCACCUUCCACCUCAGCUGACCGGGCACCUUCCACCUCAGCUGACUUGUCACCUUCCACCUCAGCUGACCAGGCACCUUCCACCUAGCUGA